CUCAUUUAAGCAGUACCUAGUAUUAAUUUGUGCGUUUUUAUAAUGGAGAAUUCAAAAGAGGCGUAUCAGUAUUUUGCCUUGGAAAAAAGGUCAUCUUUAGAUACAAGUGCAAUGGAGAAUCAGACAAAGAAGCUAAGCAGUAUGAAACCUCCACCAAACGACGCAUUUUACAUGGUCCAUUUACUAUUUUUGUUGUUUGGUAUAAUGCAUCUACUGCCAAUAUCAUUUUUUGUAACUGCUAAUGACUAUUGGAUGUACAAGUUCAGGAACACAUCAGCAGAAACCAUUGAUCCGAACGACAGAUCUCAGCUUCAGUCGUAUUUUGCUUCCGGGUCGACGAUUGCCCAAUCGGUGCCUACGAUAAUAUGUCUGAUGCUAUCGACGAUAUUUGGAUACAAAAUAAGAGCUAGGACGAGAGUGCUCGCGUCCCUGUUUGUUUUGGCUAGCAGUUUUAUUUUAUCAACGGUGCUGAUAAAAAUAAAUACGGACUCAUGGCAAGUACUAUUCUUUGCGUUGACGAUGACGAUUUUGGCAAUAAUGAAUGGGAUACUCGCCUUAUUUCAGGUAAGUUCCUUCGUGCUCUUAUCGAAAUUUCCCGCGGGGUACAUGAAAACGUUCCUCAUCGGUCAAGGGGUAGGAGGAAUCUUCAGUUCAGCUCUCCAGGUCCUCUCAUUGGCCAUAGGAACUUCUUCCGAGGCUUCCGCUCUCAUUUACUUCACGCUGGGAAGCAUCUUAACAACAGCAACUCUGGUCCUCUUUUACGUCAGCAAAAAUGUCUGUUACUACCAGUACCAUAUAGAUAACAGCGUGGAAGACACUAAGAGGGAUAUUAUAAAAGUACCAGAGCUGAUGGAGGUGUCGACUAGGAUUUGGUCUAGUCUAGUAAUCGUGACGGCAAGUGCUUUGGCUUUUGUGCCCACCCAUCCGUCAAUCGCUUCUUUGGUGGUUUCGGAAUAUUACGGUCAAGGGAGCUCUUGGAAUGGUAAGAAUUGUUUCAAUGACAGAUUUUCUCAUUACUACCAUAUAGAUAACAGCGUGGAAGACACUAAGAGGGAUAUUAUAAAAGUACCAGAGCUGAUGGAGGUGUCGACUAGGAUUUGGUCUAGUCUAGUAAUCGUGACGGCAAGUGCUUUGGCUUUUGUGCCCACCCAUCCGUCAAUCGCUUCUUUGGUGGUUUCGGAAUAUUACGGUCAAGGGAGCUCUUGGAAUG